AUCUGUGAGCAUGCGCAGUGCGAAGAGAACGCUUAGACCACGUAGUUCGCGUCAGCUGCAGUAAAGCAUCAGGGUUUGUGAUAAAAAUAGCUGUAAUUCACAACAAAUUCACGGCCGCCAAAUUGUAGCAACGGGUCGUUAAAAAAAUGGCGAGGUACCUGAGGCCGCCUAAUACAUCUCUCUUCGUUAGAAACAUCGCCGACGACUCCAGGCCAGAGGAUUUACGACGUGAGUUUGGUCGUUAUGGGCCUAUUGUAGAUGUCUACAUUCCACUUGACUUCCAUACACGACGGACAAGAGGAUUUGCUUACAUUCAGUUUGAAGAUGUGCGGGAUGCAGAGGACGCUCUUCACAACCUGGACCGUAAAUGGGUUUGUGGGCGUCAGAUUGAGAUCCAGUUCGCCCAGGGAGACAGAAAGACCCCUAACCAGAUGAAGGCCAAGGAGCGCCACUCCCCUCGCAGUUUCUCCCGCUACGAUGAUGAUCGGGAUAGCCGCCGAAGACGAUCCCGGAGCCGCAGCUAUGAUCGACACAGGUCCCGGAGCCCCUCCUAUGAUCGUCGUCCUCGGAGGUCUGAGAGCCCUAGAGACUCUCGGUCCUACAGUAGACAUAGACGGAGCAGAAGCCAUGAAAAUGACAAGUACAGAGGGCCUCCCCGUGACCACCAGAGAACACACCAUGAACCAGGCUCACGUAGCCGCUCUGCGUCCCGCUCCCCUUCACCUUCCAGAUCCAGGCCCAAAGGUAAAAAGAGCCAGUCCAGGUCCCACAGCCCAGCUGAAGACUUCCACCCAACUUCCAGCUCCCAGAAACAGUCUGUAGGACGAUCUCCAUCCCGCUCCUACUCUAGAUCCAUGUCCCGGUCACGCUCUCGCUCCAGGUCCUGGGCUGGACGCAAGUCUGGAGGCCACUGACUGACUGACUGUUCUUCCAAAGCCCUAAUGAAUCUGUCUGAGGAUGUUUUGGUUCAGCUUGCGACUAUGAUAACUACAGUGUUAUGCUCUGUUUGCAUUUGUUUAUCAUCACAUUAUGGAGGCGUGUGUUGCCAAAAGGGAAGAGAUAUUUUUUUAGCAUCGUGAAAAAGGUUUUUGUGAUCCAUGAAAGCACAGUUGCUCUCUGGUAAAUUAGCCAGGUUAAGUUUUUUGGACUUGUGUAAUGUGGGUUGCUGAAGGUCGAAAAAGUGUUUUGGUUUGACUUUGCCAAUAAUAUUUUCGUACUUUGAGUUAGCAAUAUUUACAUUCAUACAUUUGAUAAUGCCUGUCUUAGUUUGGUUCCAUUGUUUAUGUAAACAAAUAAAAAUUACAUUUAACUUCA